CGUGCUUAAAAUACUUUGUCUACACUGAGGAUCUGCAGUGCAGGAGCAUUCAAUUCAGAAAUAUGAAAAUUACUUUUAAUUUAGCACUUGUAUUGGCAGUAUUCAGCAUAUUUGUUAUUAAGACAGAUGCCUUUUUGGAUCUGCUCUCAUUUGGAAUGCAACUGGUAUUUGAUGGAAUGAGGAAGAGUUCAAUCCAGAAGCGAAUUCCGCCGUCAAACAGAGAUGAUUCUAUCCAGUACCUUCUAUACACUCCAAGCAACAGGAAUGAGCCCUGUCUCAUACAGCCGAAUCCCGAACAGUUUGACAGGUGUGCCUUUAAUGCAAAUUACGAGACUAAGUUUUUGAUUCAUGGAUUUAUUGUACAACUGAUUCCUGGAAAUUUGAUUAAUAUUAUGAAGGAUGCCCUACUGGAGCAUGAUAACUAUAACGUUAUCGUGGUCAACUGGACAACUUACGGUGUUAUGCCUUUCCGUAAUGCUUUUAAAAACUCUCAAGUGGUUGGGGAGAAAGUGGGAGAAAUGAUGACAUUUAUUCAGAGCCAUGCAAAAGUAUCUCCAAAAACUUUUCAUUGCAUAGGUCACAGUUUAGCUUUUAAUUUAUGUAGCAUAGCAGGACGACAUGUUCAUACAUUAGGAAGAAUAACAGGAUUGGAUCCAGAAGGGAUGUCAUUGCGCUGGCAAUAUAUCUCUAAUAUAAGCUCUGAUCCUACUGAUGCUGAUUUCGUGGAUGUAAUCCAUACCAGCAGUACAGAUAAGGGUGGUGGCCUUGGAUUAGAAGAGGCAGUUGGUCAUUUCGACUUCUAUCCUAAUGGUGGUGUGCAGCAAACCCCAUGUGAUUAUGGAAAUACAUAUAAAAUAACUUCCGGAAAAGAAUUCAGAGUUCGAACGGUUGUGGACAAAAUCAUAUGCAGUCACCAUGCCGGGAUUUAUUAUUUCACUCACUCUAUCACUGAUAGAUGCAAAUUCACCGCCAAUGCGUGCCAAAGCUACUUAGAUUUCCAAGAAGGUCGGUGUUCGUCCGGUACCACCACACAAAUGGGAUUUCAUGCCAAGAAGAUACCUGGGAUUCUGCCCAAGACCAAAUUCUAUCUAAACACUCUGGGACAUCCACCUUAUUGGGAAGAAGAAGAACUUGGGUUGAACGAUAUACCGGAUGAUUCAAAAGUUUGUUAACAUUUGAAAAUCCAAUAAUUUGCUGAAUAAUGUAGGUAGAGAGGUAAAAAUUGACACACAUGCUUGAAAUGAUAAAGGGUUUUAUUGAAAUCAGAAGGAGUGUCAAAAAGGACCAAGAGAUGCCUUGGACAGCAAAAAGUCAAUGACGCCACAUAAAAUGAACUUGAGCGAGCGAGAGAGAAGGACAUGAAACCUCAAUCCUUCCAUGUUGACUUUGUCAGAAACGGCAUUGUUAAUGAAGCUGUACAAUCAGAAUGGAAAAUCUGCUUCUGCAGCGUUAAGAUGCUAUCGCUAUAAGAAGGGUAUUCGAACAGGUAAAGAUUACGUGAUAAGUGUAACUAUGAAGAAAAUGAUUUAAAAGUUCGAAAUUACGGGUGUUAAGAUAAUCAGCCCCGGAGUGGAUAUGACGUAAUGGGUUAUAGGUGAAUCACGGCCGUAUGUUGAACAUUUGUUCUAAGGAACAUUGAUGAAAGUCAGUUGCUAUGUUAAUAACUGCUUUUGUUGCCAUAUGAGGCGCCAUCUAUUGGCCAUUUUCUGCGCUUUUGUGGAGAGGGAGUUUUUCAUAAAACCCACGUCAUUUCAAUCAUGUGUACCAAUUUUUACAUCUCUACCUAUACUUUUCCGUAAAUUAUGGAAUUUUUAAAUGUUAACGGACUUGAAUCACCCGGUACUUAAUACAUGAGAAAUUCUAUUAAAUAUCAUUAUAUUAAUCUAUAAAGAACUGGAGCUGGCUACAAGUUGUACAGAAAGAAUAUAAAAAUGAUUUUAUAUCCUUUUAUAAUUUCGAUGUCCUUCCUGCAAAUAAAGAAUUAGCUGGAAAUUUAAAUAUCUGAUUCUUAGUUCAAAUGGAUCAACUGACAAAUUUUGUUGAUGCAAUAAGGAUCGUUUCUAUAACGCAAAAGAGAACACAAUAUUCAAUUAAAUGAAUUAAAAAGAAAAAUUGCUAAAAACUAAUGAAAUCUAAUAUAUUUUGAUUACUGAAACAUUUUGACUUUUUAUAAUAUAACAAUACGAGAUGCGAAGUUAGAAUGCCAUUAAUAAAAAUAAUUCAAAAUAAAAUUGAUUUAUAAAGACAACAACUUUUAUUUAGAUUGUUGGAUAGGUAUGUUAUAUAAGCCCAUAAUGAGAACUAAA